GCGGGGCUGUUGAUAUCAAUAUGGCGGUUGUCAGCCAGACAAAGACAGUCAGUCUGAUGUGAUUGAGACAAGGGAGGUUUUGAGGGGGAGACUGGGAGAUAGGGGCCUCCCCUCCCCCUUCUCCUCUUCCUGCGCCGGCCUCAACCCCUCCCCAGUCCCCUCCCGACGGGCGCCCCACGCGGAAGACACCCCUCCCCCUCCCGCUUUCCCUCCUCCCUACCUCAGCCCUUCGUACUGGGACGUUGGGGAGGGGGCUGUGCCGGGCGGAGAGAACUCAGCAAGGAUUCUGAGAUCCUGUGAGGCAGCAGGUGAUGAUGGUUGAAGUAGUUGGGUACCUGUCACCCACGUGGGAGAUCUGAAUUGAGUUCCCAGCUUUAGCCUUGCCCAGUUCCGGCCAUUGUGGACAUUUGAGUGAGCAAGAAGAUAGGAGUGCACUUUCUCUCUGUCUGCAUUCACAGCAGCCAAGAUACAGAAACAACCUUAGUGUCCAUCGACAGAUAAAUGGAUAAAGAAAACGUGGAUAUGUACAGUGGAUAUUAUUCAGCCUUAAAAAAGGAGAUUCUGUUGUUUGUGACAACAUGAUAGACCUUGCUGUGCUUUGCAAGUAUAUCCCCAAUAUGUUGAUAUUAAGAGCUUACACUCUGGACUCCUUUUGGUGACUUUGCUUCCUCACCAUCUGAUUUUAUUUGAUGAUUGCUCAGGCAAUAUCCAGACAAUAUAAAAUGAUAAAUCACAUUGAUCAUCUCUGGAAAGGAUAUUGAUCCGCCUCAUGUGAAGUAUGCUCAGUUCUUUUCCAGUGGUUUUGCUGGAAACCAUGUCUCACUAUACAGAUGAACCCAGAUUUACCAUAGAGCAGAUAGAUCUGCUUCAGCGCCUUCGGCGUACUGGGAUGACUAAACAUGAAAUUCUCCAUGCUUUGGAAACUUUAGACCGUCUUGAUCAAGAGCAUAGUGACAAGUUUGGAAGAAGGUCCAGCUAUGGAGGAAGUACAUACGGGAACAGUACCAACAAUGUUCCGGCAUCUUCUUCUACAGCUACAGCUUCCACACAGACUCAGCAUUCGGGAAUGUCCCCUUCACCCAGCAACAGUUAUGAUACCUCCCCUCAGCCUUGUACUACCAAUCAAAAUGGGAGGGAAAAUAAUGAGCGAUUGUCCACAUCCAAUGGAAAGAUGUCACCAACUCGCUACCAUGCAAACAGCAUGGGUCAGAGGUCAUACAGUUUUGAAGCCUCAGAAGAGGACUUAGAUGUAGAUGAUAAAGUAGAGGAGUUAAUGAGGAGGGACAGCAGUGUGAUAAAAGAGGAAAUCAAAGCCUUUCUUGCCAAUCGGAGGAUUUCCCAAGCAGUUGUUGCACAGGUAACAGGUAUCAGUCAGAGCCGGAUCUCUCAUUGGCUGUUGCAGCAAGGAUCAGACCUGAGUGAACAAAAGAAAAGAGCAUUUUACCGAUGGUAUCAGCUGGAGAAGACAAACCCUGGGGCUACACUCAGUAUGAGACCAGCCCCCAUUCCAAUAGAGGACCCUGAAUGGAGACAAACUCCUCCCCCAGUCUCUGCCACUUCUGGUACUUUCCGACUACGACGAGGGAGUCGAUUUACCUGGAGAAAGGAGUGCCUGGCUGUCAUGGAAAGUUACUUCAAUGAGAAUCAAUACCCAGAUGAAGCAAAGAGAGAAGAAAUUGCAAAUGCUUGCAAUGCAGUUAUACAGAAGCCAGGCAAAAAGCUGUCAGAUCUGGAAAGAGUUACCUCCCUGAAAGUAUAUAAUUGGUUUGCUAACAGGCGGAAGGAAAUCAAGAGGAGAGCCAAUAUCGAAGCAGCAAUCCUGGAGAGUCAUGGGAUCGAUGUACAGAGUCCAGGAGGCCAUUCCAACAGUGAUGAUGUUGAUGGGAAUGACUACUCUGAACAGGAUACUUGGCAAGUACGCAAUGGGGAGGAGGAGGAGGGAAGAAGUUCAGAGGGAGGCAGAGAAGCAGAGAAGGAUGACAGCACGAGCCAUAGUGACCACCAAGACCCCAUCUCAUUAGCUGUGGAAAUGGCAGCAGUCAACCACACUAUCUUGGCAUUGGCCCGACAAGGAGCCAACGAAAUCAAGACAGAGGCCCUGGAUGAUGACUGAUCAGGGAAGGUUAAACACGCCAAGUAAACUUAGUUUAGACGUAGCACCUUAGCAGACUUUCCUCGGUCCUUAACAUGUGUUCUUACAGUAUAACUUGCAGUUUCUUGUAUGUCAGGUAGCCGUUAGGGUCUUGUUCUGUGAAGAUGGCAUGGUGCCCUCAGCCUUUGCAUAUACUCUCUCAGUAUUAAAUCCCAAUAAAUAAUAACUACCAACCAACCAAACUUCCCUCUCCCUGCCCCCAAGGCUAGAAAAUCUUGCUGCUCCGUCUUAGCAUUCCAAAAAAGUGCUUCCAGGUAUUUAGAUAGCCCUCAGUUCUCAACUAUUAGGCUGUGUGUAAAAUCUUGGGUACCUUUAGAUUCAUGUAACACUAUUCCCAUACCACCUUUUCCUUCCCCAAGACUGAUAGGAUGUAAGCUGAGGUAGUGGCACAGGAUUGACAGACACCUUUCGGGAGUAUCCACAGAGUAAAAAGAACACUAGAAUCUCCACCUCAGCACGAGAAUCAUGGAUUUCCAGCUGCAAUAAGCCGUGCCUCAUUAUAGUCACACCGUGGCUAGAUUAUACUUUGGGUGCUGUGCUAAGAAUGUCAACGAAAAAAAUCAGUCUCAGAUUCUGGUUGAUGCCUGACACAGACAUCCUUUCCUCUCACAAGCUGUGUGACUUAGUAGAUAAAAUACUGCCUUCUGCCUUUAGGGACCAUGAUUAAAAACAAAAGACAAAAAACAAAGUCAUUUAAAGGAAAAACUCAGCUUGAGAGCAUUGGGAAAACAUCCAAGCUGAAUGUUUUAAAAUAUGCCCAGUUCUCAGAACCACUGUACAUUCCGCAGCACAGUUGUCAGUGCCUGCCUGCAAAAGUGCUAGAGGUUAUCAUGGACCUUGCUUGGCCUCCUGUCAGUGUCCCCUUUCCCUGCUACCAAAAAAGUCUUUCAAGCAUGGAGCGAAGGUCAAAACAGUAAAGAACAUGGUUUUUGUAUCCAUUAACUGAAGCUCCCUUAAUCUAAGAGGUUGAUAGAGGGCUUUGUAGUGGAAUUAUACUAUCACAGAUGUAAACAUUUGGCUAUAUAGGAGCAGAAGAAAAGUAGGGGGUGCGAGAUACUAGGGGAAUGUGACUGCUUUGGUGUUCUCUUUUACUCUGUCCUUGUAGAGGUGUGAAAAGCUAUAUUGCUACAGGCAAUUUAUUUAAUAAUUGGAAGCCAUAUUGAUAAUGGAUGUGGUAAUAUUUGUAAAGUUUAAUCUACUUUAAGCGGCAGUAAGUAAUGGAAUUUUUUUCCUUGAUCACAUAUGUAGCACUUUUGUUACUUUUUAAAGAUAUUUAUAUUUGAUAAAUCUUUUUUUUCAUUUUGAGAACUCAAAAAUACCAAACAGUGAACUUGCGUUAUAAAGUCACCCUGUGAUCACCUUGUCAUCUAGUAGCAAAAUGAUGAACUAUUCAUGCAUCAAAGAAAAUUACAUCUGCUGGCCUUGUAUGAAAAUGAUCUCUUGGCAUCCUGAUUAAAUGACACCCUGUCACUGUGGGUAAGGGGAAACAGCCUUCAAUGUAGCAGCAUUGGGUGCGUCUGUAUAUUUUCUGCCUCAUUCCAUCUCUCCUUUAUAUGUAUAAUGAAGCCUUGCUUAAAGUGGAAUAUAGGGCAGGGUUUCUGUCUUUUUGUCCAUUACCUGAAAAGAAUUUCUAAGAUAAAAGGAAGAUGCUAUUUCCUUACCUCUUCACCCAUUCUCCCUCACCAAAUGUAUUCAGCCCAAAACUAUUGAGAGAAAGAGACUUACUGACAUCUUCGUUUUCCCCCCUCAUUCAUGAAAUACUGAAUAUCCUCCAGUUCUAGCUGGUCUUAUUCCACUUAAGGCACACAAUGACUAGGAUCAUCUAAGGUGUAAAUCCUGCUUAUGUAAGUGUGAGGAAGAACCUUUGGGGAGGGCAUAAGAGCCAUUGGCACUGCCUGUCCUGCUUUUGUCCACAGACUUCAGGGAUGGGGGUGGGGGGCACAGGAAGUAGAAAUGUACUUUCUGUAGCUUCCAAGAUUUCAAGUAAAAUGGGGCAGUCUUCUCUUACUUUACUGUAUUGCUUGAACCAACAAAUUCAAGAGUAGCAUUUGUUAAUCUCAGGAAUGAUUCUCUCCCACCCCCAUUCAUAUCAUUUCUUGUUUCAUUUGACUUUUUACUUCACUUACAAAAUUGUGUUGUUUCCUUUUAUUUUGCUAAGAAGUUUAACAUACUGAUCUCUCCAUUUUGGUGGAAUUUUGUCUGCUUAUUCUCAGUUGAAUCAGGAAGAACAAGGAGAGAAAAAAUAUACUCUGUGACAAGACACAUCCAUGAUUUAUUGUAAAGAGAUUAUUAUAAUUGAUAGCUUCUUUAUGAUGGGAUUGCUAGUAUCAUUUGUUCUUGCUGGUUUUUUUAAAGGAACAGACUCAAACUGUUGAGACAGCUGCAGUUUCUAAAGAAAUACAAUGAUUGCCACAGAAAAGCUAAAAGGUUUUGUUGUUUUAAGACCUUUACAGAACAAAAUAGGCUUCAGAGAAUGAACGGGAGUUGGCAUCCUAGGGGGCAGUACCAGGCCCUCCCUGGCAAUGAAAUAAACCUGAAAGGAUACUGCUACAAUCAUGAAGAAUAGCAUCAUACUGAGUUCAGUAGGAAUAGGAGGACAGAAUCUUUUCACCCGUAAUUCGCCUUGUAAUUGAAGAUGGCUGGCCUGCUCUUAAGGCCCCACUGCCUUACAAAGAACUUGACUUUUUCAUCAAGUGAGAGAAUUUACUUCCUUGGGAUCAAGAUAUAAAUCUACCAUCAGUUUCCUGUUUUUCACCAGGUUCAAUGCUACUAUCUUGUCCAGACUAUCUUAGCUGUCAUAAGGGCAAAUAGAGCUGCCACUAGUUGACUUCUAAUAUCAUUGGAUGGCAAAUCUCUCAUACUGUUUCAGGUUUUAGAGGAGGUAUUAACAACAUAUACUCUAAGCUGGUCUAUUCCUGGGGGGGAGAAUAGACAGCUUAAAAAAAAAAUGUGCUCUGUGCUCUUUGGUUGCUCUGUCCCUCUUCUCUCACCUCAUAUGCUUUUUCAGGCCCCAGAGGACUCUUUCAGGGGAUUAAAGACUGAAAAAUGUGGGGUGGGGGCAACCUUGCCAACAAGUAUUCCUGUAAUUUGUUAUUUUUAAAAGACACUUUAACGGAAUUACUGUGGUUAGACGGGUACCCCUCCCACCCUUCUUAAAAUACCUUACAUAGGGAUCUUUUAAAAUGGAUCAUCUUAAUGAGAUUUCUGCCUACCUGUUGAUAACUUUAACAUCAGAUGAAAGCCAGGGGACGGCACACAAUACACUCUGAGACAUUCUAGUACCAUUCAGUACCAAACAGACAUUUUAAUUUCAUCAAACCUUAUAAUAUUAGAGUACCACAAAGGAAUUGUCUUCACCGUCUCGUCUUUUAAGUGUAUCUUCACAGAAAUAGGAAGGCAUAGAGCUCCCUUUAAGGCACUUUAUACCCCAGCUUAAUAGUGGAGACCCCCUAAAAUGCCAUGAGUGAGGAAGCAGCUAAUUAAUACUGAAGUAUGCCUAUCCAGGUCCUCUAGCUCCUGAUAGUUAUGAUUCAACACCACUUGUGUUACAACCAGAUACCCAGAUAUAUUUUUACCUCAAAUGAUAACUCAUGAAGAGAUCACCGAUAGUUUUUCGUAUUUAGCCUAUGACUUUAGGAGAUACUGAUGUUAGAAAUUUCCCUCUUGCAUACAAUCAUCAAACAAAAUUGCAGCAAACAUGGACUCUCAUUUAGUCAGAAAUCUCUAGUCACAUCCUUUCCAUCUAUGAACAAUCCCUCUUCCACUUUCCUCUCUGAUCCACCACUAAGUUCUGAUCUAGAGUUAAUUUGUUUGCUGUAAUUUUUAAUCUUCUGACAGCAGGCAAAGCAGGUGGUAUAGUCCCAUCUCUGAACACAAUCCAUCCUGUGUUGACCAGCUUCAUAUUCCACUGAUCACUUACAUUAUGUCUGCCCAAAGCAGUAGGAAAAAAAUCAGUUUUCCACAAAUGAUCUCCCACCCCAUCCUAAAAAUGUGAACUGCAAGUCUUUACUCUCUCUGGUCUUAAGCAGCAGUCUUCCCAUUCACGGCUCCGCCUUCUACAAUUGCUUUUAUCUUUCAUUGUAUGGAGAACAACCACAGUAUUUUUCCCCAGGAGUCUCAAAAGAUUCUUAGGCAAUAAUUUUUCUUGUAGUUGAUGAGUACUGACCUUCUACAUUGUAUGCUGGUUUCUGUGUUAAUCUUUGUGAUUUAAAUCUUACGAGUGGUGAUAGAUUUUGUCAUGUUUUUGUUUUUAAGAUUAUUGGUAAUGUUUAACUACUGUAUUCAUUGGGGCUGCAUUGAGACCAGCCAAAUUCAUUAAUAGCUUUACUGAGCCAGAUUUACUUGUCAAGAUUUCCCAAGUGAAAGUUGGACAUGUUGACCAGCUCCCACUGGUGUUAUCUUUUGAGGGAAAGGGGUGGGAGGAUGCACUGGGGCAGGGGUGGGAAUUAUACAUAUAAAGCAUUCCUUGUUUUAUGUGCUCUUUAAAUAGCAAAGAUGUUUACUCAGGAUUUGGGGAUCAGUUGUCAGCCAUAUUGAAUUUGGCAAACAGAGCUGCAUGCCCUGAAAACCCUCCUCCUGUUUCUUCAUUUCCAUGUUGUCUAACAUUACCUAGGAGUUCCUGAGUUAUCUAGUUAUCCAGUGUAAAGGUAUUGCACCCUAAUGAGGGUGGAAGGCUCUCCCAGGGAGGCAACUAAGAAUGGCCUGGUUAUCUCUGAGGAUUUCAUGGUAGCAUGCUGUCAAAGCCAAGGCACCCCCCCCCCUUUUUUUUGUAAUGUGGUUUCCUUUGUUAUUACAUACUCUUGGUUUCAAUGAUGACUAUCAAAGAAAAAAGAUUCCUUAUCACUCUCAAGAGAACUGACAUGCUAAAGAGGUAAGAGUCUUUUUAGAUACAUGAAACCAACAAGUCAGUUUUAUAUCACAGAAACUCUUCUCUCAUAAACAGGUUAGGUUUUGAAAGGCUAUUCAUAUUCUCUUUAUUGUAAGUUGACAGUGAUAAGCUACUGUUCUUGCCGUCUUUCAGGGCUGAUGGUUAGCUCACAUAUCUCUGAACUGCAAUUUUGUUUGUAUCUAUGAACAAACAUUGGUAGUUUGUAAGUUGGGAAGUUUCCAUGUUAGUUUCAUUUCUCCCACUUGAUAGGAAUGAGAAAUAGUAAAAAGGAAUCUAAGGAUCUGAGAAAUCCAGUUUCUUGUAACAACGCAUUCUUUUUCUAAUUGAGAGAAAAAGAUACAGGGGAGAAGAUAAUGUGAGAAAAUUGGGCUAUGCCCUGUUUAUCUUCUUUGACAUAGCAGAUGCCUUGGAUUACAAAUGUGGGUAUCCCUGAACCUCUUUUUCAUCAUUCUUAAUACGAUAUUUCAGGCAGAACAAAUUCUAAUUUAUUCCAUUUAAGUGAAAUUUGCUAAGUGCUUUUAUACCAUUAGACGGUUAACCAUGCACAUCCCUCAUCUCCCUAGCCACUCUCUUAACACACAUCUUUAAGGGAAUGUGGCCACUCUCCUGAUACUGUUUUUACAUGACAAGUUUUCAGGUUGGUUUGCUCCAGUCUGGACAGCAGUAUCUGAACUUACUUAGCUGCCCUCCAGUUGGUGCCUGAGCACCUCUGUAUAGCCAGUGUGUGGGUAGCACUCAGCUCAGCACACACUUCAAUCUUGGAAUGCCAGCUCUCUUGACUCCAUUUUCAUAUUCUAUCUCUUUUAAAUAAGAGUGGCUCAAUACAGCCAUAAUUAACUCUCAAAUUCACAUUGGUGUGCUGUGAUCAAAUGAAGGUUUGGCUGAAUCUUUUCAAAUUGUAACCAUGGUAAUUGAGGGGGGUGGCAUAGAAUGAAUAUAUAAAAAUAUAAUGGCAAUUGUUCUGAAUGACUGAGUGUCCUCCUGACAUGUAAUUAGCUGUUUUAGCAGGAUGUGGAUUGGCAUGGUCAUAAUUAAAAGGAUUUCUGUCCUUUAUGUGAUUGAAAAUAGCAGCACUCCCGUCCCCUGUUCCCUUUUAGCACUAAUGCUCCCAAGAACAUUUGGAACAGCAACUCAGUAAACUAAAAUAAUGACAUGGUAUUCAUGUUCUUCCCUGAGUGCAAGAAAAGGAUUUAGAGUUAUUUCAGCUUCAAAAUGGAAGCCUUAGAUUAUUGCUUCCCAUCUGACUUCUACAUUUUUGAAAACCUUAAUUUCAGCCUGCUCCACCUUUGGCAGAAACCAAUUCAGAAUUCCAGAGUCAACCUCUGACAAGGCUUCCAGUUCACUCCAUCUGACUUGCCAGCCAGUGAGGGUGUGUGGUUGGCCCAGCUUGUAGACAUUUGCUGCUUACUGAGCUCCCCUGAGUUUCCAUAUUUUUACUGGGUUACCUGAUAUGUCCAUUGCCAUCAUCAUCAGAAAUUACUGACCAAGCAGCAAUUUACUAAGGGUUGAAUAGGGUUUUCCUCAUUAAACCAUAAGAUCAGAGCAGACAAUGUGACAAGAGCACACAGGCUCUCAAUACCUCUGUGACAUGAAUGGAAAACUCUAUUUUGCACUGUUCUCAAGUUACUGGAGCAGUAGGACACACAUAUGAGUCUGCCUUAACUUCUCACAUCACUUACGGAGCAAUUACCAACCUCUUCACAUCAGUUAUCUUCUUUUCCUAGCCCUGAUUUUGCCGUGUUCUGCUGUGUCAGGACACUCCUAAGUUGUUCUCUCCCUUUCCUAUUUCCUCCCUUCACUUCUGUGACCCUGUGCCAUUGGCUGUCAUGUGGCUGUGAGACUCCACAUGGUUUCUGACCCUUCUCAUCCAGCAUAUAUUCUUAUCCUUCUUAUCUUAUUGCAUAAGAGCUGCUGAAUCACUAGCCGCCUUCUGGAUAUGACUGUUUGGUUAUCUGUUUUCACCCAUCACUAGUAGAGUUUUAAUUUAGCUAUGUGGUCAGGAGUGACUGCAAGAAUAUUAGCACCCAACACAGCUGCCAAGAGGCCUUUCACAGCUGUGCCAUGCCCAUGAGCCUCAUGGUUAUGCCCAAUAUGCCUACAUCAUUCAGCCCUCCCCCCACCCCCGCUUCAGGCCAGGAUACUACAGGAUUGAUUAGUAGCCACUAAAGAUAAUACAGGUCUGGUUUUCUAAGAAAUCCCCACAUAUCAGAAGUACUCCUAACCUAGAUGAAGUCCUCGGUAUAGUUCAGUCUCCUGAGAACACUGAGGUUGGCUGCUUGUUUACAAUUGUCUUCUCCCCCUACCCCAGAUACACACAGAAUUUAGCAUAAGGUUCUACUGCCUUAGGAUUCUUUGUUUUAUUUAUGUUCCUUCCACAAUGCCUACAUUGAAAUGUAUGGUAGUGCUUUGGUUAGUUCAAGAAAAAAAAAAAAAAUCCUGUAAGAGGUUUUUACUGAGUGCUUUGCCUCCUGUAAGAACUAAAAUCAACCUCAUGUUCACCCACUCCUUGUACUCCUACAGCCACUGAGACUGUUUCCUUUGGGAUCCUAUCAGUCUUAUGACAACUGCAAUGACCCUGAAUUUAUGACCUGAAUAGUAAAGCACUCCUCUUAUUUUCUCAGCUUCUGAAAGAUAACCAUCUUCCUUAGAAUUUAGAAUCUGUCUUAAGAUUAGAAUUUCAGAGAACUGAGUACAUGAGUCUAAUUCUGUGAUUUGUGAGACAUGCAUUAAAUAGCCAACAGAAGAUUCCUAUUAUCUGCCCACAUUAAAAGCAAAUAGAAUUAGCACUGUAGUUAAAGCCUUCUAACAUAAUCUGCUAGUACAGGAAUCCAAGUAGCGGCUUUGCUGUCGCAGGGGCUGGGCUACUGACAAAGUGAAGCUGGAGCGGCAUUUCCUCUCUGAAUGUUUUCAGAGACCACUUUGAUUUCCGAAAUUCCUAACCUAACUAAAAGCAAAACCAAAAACCUACUUGCCAAAAGUAGUGAAAUUACAGGUAGUACUGACUCAAGAAAUACUUUUGGAAGAAAACAUCAGCAGUCAGUCACUCCUGAAAGAAUCCGAAGUAGAGAUACCAGCGUUCUCAGUCGUACUGCAGGAGACAAACACACACAGCCCUCCUAGCUCUCUGAGCCUAAGAUUGCAGGUGACAUUUAGGAAGCUUGUACCCUGCUGGGCACUGGGCACGAGCCCCCCCUUGAGCAGCACCACUUCAGCUGCAGCACACUGGUUGCUGCUUUCAUCUUACGAGGAUGUUAAUCAGAGCACAGGCCACUCGACUAGUAAAGUCACCGACUAGUAACCCAUUUUAUUUUCUCAAGGGAUGGCACUGGAUAACCCCACAGAUAGACUUUCACAUUGCCGUCAUCUCAAUGACCUGAGUUCCCACUGAAACUGGACAAACCUUGAUGAGGACCUAGACACCACAACCUGGACUUCUUCCAUAGCACUGCCCUUGGGUCUUCCUCCAUGGUCAGCAAUGGUGACAGAAACAGUCGCUGUAGCUGUGUUGGGAAGUGGAAAAAAUAUAUGUGGCUGUCUUACCUCUGAGUGCCACAGGGAGCUGGGAUUUGUGGGCAGUUAGUGAAGACAGAAUCUGAACAUCGCUCACACUUCUCAUCUUCCCUCUGGCUCUUGUAGCACUUCCUUAGAGCCUGUUACUACUAGGCGUCCUGCUGUGUUUAGAGGUGUGCUCAGCCAGCCCAUGCAUCCUGUCCUUCCCUCUACCACAGCCACAUUCAGAGGGCACAGGCAUUGUAGAAAUCACCGUUUCCUCAUAUUGUCCUAGUGUCUGCACUGCCUUAGGCACUCCCUAGCUCCCCAUGAGCUUUAACUGGCAAGUAGCAGUUGCAUAGAGACAAGUACAGGUUAGAGCUCAGGCCAAGAAUGCAGCAAAGGGGCGAGCUCCCUUGGGAUACAGACCUGUUUCCUGUCCUGCCAUGGUUCAUGUGGAGGCUCACUGAUGGUUGCUUGGGGAUGCUGAACAACGGACACCAGCUACAAGUGCCCUGAGGACUCAGCUAGCUAACUAAAGUUCUGUGUUUCUCCCCUUCCCCAUUUUCUAGCUCUUUCCCUCAAAAAUAGGUCUCCAGAUAUCAGUUCCAUCAUUGUCUGUCUCUCCUGAUCUGCUCUGUCAUGUCAUAGGCAACUUUGAAGCCCAAGAGAAUGAAAAACACCUCAGAACAGAUUACAGCUAUAGAGUGGUUGAGUGUCAGGUUGACGGUCCCCAUAACAACACAUUUAUAUUUGCUGGCUAACAGAGUUUUUAUUAUCUAACCCCCUCCCAUAAAAAGAAGAACCUAUUUGAAGGUGAAAAUGUAUGUGUGCCUUCCACUUUGGUAAUAGUCCAUAUUUUGCAUCUCUGGUGGGGAUUGGAGUACCACUGAAAUGUUGGAACAUGGACACUGUCUGAUUCCUCCUUAGCAAGGAAGAAUCUCACACGCUGGCAUUUGUGGCAGAGACAGGUCUCAGAACUAGCGUUUCAUGGUUUAUUACUUCUUUCAGUACAUUUUCAACAUCCCAUCACUUUGGAGUGAAGUCUAAAUUUCAGUCUUGUUUUGUGGCUUCCUAUAAGCAUGGAAAUUUUUUUAUUUUUAUUUAUUUAUUUUUUUUGCGCUUUACUGGCACUAAGAACCUAGCAUAAACUUGUGAAGGAUCAUUUUUCACUUCAUCAUUCACUGAAGCUCUUAAACUGGAAAACAGAAUGAUAUUAGUGCUGUAUUAAUGUAAACAGCAGCCACUCUGGUGCUGUUACAUUGAACUCCUGUGUUUAUGCCAGAUUCCUAGGGGGCAGGAGCAAGUGCACACAUCUAGCGUGGGCUGAAUGAAGGUGAGCGAGAGCUCUGUGUGCACUGCUUUUGAGAAGCAUUAGUGUUCUUUGCCUUGAAACCACAUUUCACUACGUUAGAAUCCGUGAAGUCCUUAAUUGUUUCUCUCUGAAAAUGGGCACCGCAAAACCAAAACCAGAGUCCUUCAGGAUGGGGUAGCAAUGCUUUUUCUUUCCAAGCAUGGAAGCUCUGGCAGGCCUUAUCCUCAUGUCCUUUGGUUUUGCCAGACCCCCCUCGGAAGGGCCUUUCUUCCUACUGGUCUCUUGACAUUGACCCUAGAGAGCAAUUCAGCGUGGCCUGAGCCUUCCCAGGCCCUGUGGCAGGCACCCAGAGCAGCCCGAGCGGCUUCCCCAACCUUCACUGGCCCAGGCCAUCUCUGCCAUGGCUUCAGCAUGGACAUGGAGAGGCUUUGCUGAGCCAGGGUCCCUGCACCCUGAUUUAUCACAUACAGCACUGGCUUCACACGCACCCUGACUGCCAAGUAGGCUGCCCUCCCUGCCAGAAGAUGCCAAGAGCAUUGUAGUUGCCUCCCCUGGAAGAGCCCACAGCCUUCUCUUGAUUUCCCCUUGGGCUCACCCUUCCACACCAUGGUCAUGUUGGGUAUGCAGUACCUUUCCAGGAUAAAUUCUUAUUUAUGUUUUUUAAGUGCCUAAGCAAGUUAAGACCUCUGGAAUCCACCAGAGAUCGGCCUGUGCCCUGUCCCCUGUCCUUCCCCACCCUGCACUUGGCACUGGGGAUGAGCACAGGGUGGCUGCCCCUCUCCAGUGUCCCUGGCGUUCUGCAGGCAGAACAACUUCAAGGGCAAGCAAGUGGGAGAGAUCUCUUCAUGGCCACAUAAGGCUGGCUUUGUCACCGUUUCUUGUGUUUCUAGGGGUGUUUCUGUUGGUGUGGUCAUAGUCUGGGUUCAUAGGGAAUUUUAAGGAGUCUGCUUAGCAAAGUCAGUCUGAAGACGACAGGAGAACAAGAGCUCAGAGUAGAAUUCUGUCUGUAACAUGCAAAAGGGCAAAGUGUCAAAUAAUCAUAGUUGAUAAACCUGCUGACUCAUUUAUGAUGAGUCACUGGACUCUGGCUGCCUCUUGUCCUCUUCCUAGGUUAGAGGGACCAGGGUGUCCACUCACAAGGACUUGGAAAGGCUGCCGUUGGGAGAGCAAGAACAAACAUGCUUCUUUGAAGAUGAGUGCGACAUUGUUUGCUUCUUUUUGAAAGUAAUUUAAGUCUGACCUAAAUAUGGGGCCUUUCCUGUGUGGUGGGUGUACAACAGGUUUAUUUUGAGACUGCACUCUGUUCAGAUCUCAUCACCAAGUAGCGCUCAGAUUUGCCAGGUUUUGUAAAAUGGAACAAUCCAUGCCCAGGCACUUUAUUUUCACUAAUAAUCUAGCGUUUUUGUUCAGACAAUGUAAUAACCCAAGCACUGGGCAUUCACGCUGGACAUGUGUAGGCACAUUUGCUGGUGGAAUUCUGACUGGGAUAGAGAAGAGAAGGUGGUUGAUGAAGGUGAUCGAAUGGGAAAAUAUUGCUGUGGCAAGAAUGAAAAUAAGGCUUUUCUGGAGCAGAUAAACCAAACUGGGCUCUCUGGCGGGAUGCUGUCACCCAGUCCUCCAGAUGCUGUUUUUCACAGGUUCUACCGAGUGCUCGUCAGUUACCCUGGCCGUAACUGAGAAUGGGCAACGUAAGAGUGCCCCGGGCCGGGGAGGACAGCAGUGAAAUGCAGUUAGAGGCAGCAGGAGAAUCCCAGUUUCUUUUCACUUAGCUGGACUUGAACAUGAACACUCUAGCAAAAGCGGAGUGCUGGGGAGUGAUCUCCACUUCCAGACAACGUGCAGCUUUGUUUUACUGUUCACUAUAGGGGUGGGAACAGGCUGGCGCAGCAAGCUCUGAAGCAUGUUGAACAGGCGUAAUUGGAUCAGAUACAUGGACCAGAUGCCGGGGGAUUGCCUAGAAGUAUUUAGCAUCCACCAAAUAGUCGAGUAGCUAAGAUGGGCUGUGCGGGAUCCCUGCCAGAUUGGGGGGAGCAGGAGUGGGGAGAUCCCCCUCCCUGUCUUGGCCAUUGUGUGUCUCAGUCUUUGUCUUUUCCUUUGGCGUCUCCUCUGGUCUGUCCCCAUCUUGUGCACCAUGUGUCCCUGAGGGUGAGUCACACCUGUGUCUGAGUCUGCUGUAAGGUGUUCAGUCUACCUCAAGGGGUCAUCAUGGUGAACUCUGUCCACAUGGAAUCCUCCUUACAUUGCCACACACACUGGAAUGUAGAUCUUCCUCUGCCCCACCCCCAAUAACCUCCUGACCCCAUCUUUCCUGUAAUCACCACAAACUCCUAGUGCAAAUUGGAUGCUGCUUUAAAUGUGAAAACAAUUGUUCAAAAGCUAUAAAAACCUGAAUGAAAGCUAAAGCUGAAUUUAUAAGCCUUGUUGCAUAUGAGCCAAAAGUGCAAAAAGCUCUAUAUAAUGAACUAACCUGCCACUCGUAUAAAUAUAAAUAUAUAUAAAUAUAUUAAAAUCAGACUGUUCUACAAAAUUGUGUAUUUGUAUUUUUGUGUACGUACAAUUUUCUGCUAAGCAGAAGGAGGAUGUAGUAUAGGAUGCUGUGAGAAGAGAUUUGGUUUAAUCCUAUUUCUUUGUUACUUAUUUUUGUUAACAUCAGAUGCCUGUCUUCGUCUUACAUGUGUUUGACACUGUUUGGAAAGCUGCAGUAUCUCUCUUCCUUAGGUCCAGAGGCCAUUAAAGAAUGAAAUCCGGGGUCUAGAGAGCUAACUUGUCCACCCAGCAGGGGUAAGUGAGCAGAGCUCCGCUCUCGCCAGGCCACACGGCUGACCCAGGAGCUGCUCACAGUUCCGAGCUGGGACCAGAGACAGAAAAUUACCUACUCCAGGCCACUUGCUGCAUUCUGACUCUUCUCACUUCCAGAAAUCACCUUCAAAAACAAAAGAUUAUCAGAUCCCUCAAUUGCAGACUCUCCACUGGGUCCAGAGGGAAUACAGGAAAGGUGUCUCUGAACUUGGGAAUAGGACCCUCAUAUUUCUAGGUCCAAAGUCUACCCAGAAAGCAGCAAGUGGAUCUCCCUGACUGUAGGCUCCAGUUGAUUGGCUGUCCUAGGUUCUGGCUCCCUCUUGAGAGUAGUUGCUGCCUUUUUUUUUUUUUUUCUUCAGAUCAGGUUACCAAAAUGCCUCCCCUCUGCUGAGCUGCUGAUGCUUCCUCACCCAGACCUCCAGCCCCAGUUACCUGGAGCAUCUCAGAACCCAUUUUGCUGGUGCUAAAACACGUGAGGGGGUUAAAAUGGCUGCCAGUAAUGGCUGAAACCAACCAUCAGAGGCCAGGCUGAAAGACGAGCUCCAGGUGCCCAGUGGCCAACAGCCUUGCCCCAGUGCUGCCCACCCACCUCUCAGCCCCACUAGUGGUCCCUCUUGAUGUGAACCUUUUCUAGGGAGAGGGAUACUGCACCUUCACCUGUAGGACUCAUAUUUAUAACAAUGUGUAAUGACUGUAGCAAAAAGCUCUUGUUUCUAGAUGUAAGUGGUCAAAGAAACAAGCGCUCUAUUGUAUUGAUUAAAAUAGUUCAAAUGAGUCCUGUAUCAUUGUAUCUCCUAUUCUGGAUUAGUGCCUUUUGGACAGUAGACUGUUCUGUAAUUAAAAAUGUAGUAUACUGCUUUUUUGUACAGUUUUGUUUUAAUAAAACUUUUUUUUAAUUUGUGUU